AUUAUAGGAUUUGGUUUAUCUAUGGGUUCAUCUAUGACUUUGACUUUCUUUCUGUCUAGAACCACGUGGAGGUGAAUAAACCUUCGGUUCAAAAUAAAUAUAGUUGUUCAAUAAUAACAGAACAAUCUUAUAGCCUCAAGAUAACAACGAAGACAACCUAAUAAUAAAAUGUUUGACAAACAAAAUAACAAGUUUGGGAACCGUGAGAAUAGAUUUAGUAAACAUAAGGAACGCAAAUACUCAUCUAAUAUAAGUAAUGGAAUGCAAAGAAAUGGUUAUGAUAAUGAAGGCAAGAGUCUUAAGAAAGUAGAAUGGAAUAGCAAGACUCUUAAGCCAUUCAAAAAAAAUUUUUAUGCAGCCCAUUUAGAUGUUGCCAAUAGAUCUCCACAUGAAAUUCAGCAAUAUAGAAAAUCAAAAGAAAUUACAGUAGAUAAAAAUGCACCACGCCCCAUCCAGCAUUUCAAUGAGGCUAAUUUUCCAGAUUAUGUCAUGGAUGAAAUUCGAAAUCAAGGCUUUGAAACCCCAACUGCUAUCCAAGCUCAAGGAUGGCCUAUUGCAAUGAGUGGUAAUGAUAUGGUUGGAAUUGCAAAGACAGGCUCAGGAAAGACAUUAGCUUAUAUUUUGCCAGCUAUUGUUCAUAUCAAUAACCAACCACCAAUAAGGAAAGGUGAUGGACCUAUUGCACUGGUUCUUGCACCAACGAGAGAACUAGCUCAACAAAUACAAAAAGUAGCUUCAGAAUUUGGCAAAUCUUCUUAUGUUCGCAACACUUGUCUGUUUGGUGGAGCUCCUAAAGGACCACAAGCCCGUGAUUUAUCAAGAGGUGUUGAAAUUUGCAUUGCCACACCUGGUAGAUUGAUUGAUUUCUUAGAAAGAGACACUACCAACUUAGAAAGAUGUACUUAUUUGGUGUUGGAUGAAGCAGAUAGAAUGUUAGAUAUGGGUUUUGAGCCUCAGAUUCGCAAGAUACUUAGUCAGAUAAGACCUGAUAGACAGACUCUAAUGUGGUCAGCAACAUGGCCAAAGGAAGUUAUGAGAUUAGCCAAUGAUUUUAUGAAUGAUGCAAUUUACAUUAACAUAGGAAGUACGCAUCUUUCAGCUAAUCAUAACAUAGUUCAAAUUGUCGAUGUGUGUCAAGAACAUGAAAAAGAAAACAAAUUGACAGACCUUUUACAAGAAAUAAGUGAUGGUUGCGAACCUGGAAGCAAAACAAUCAUCUUUGCAGAAACAAAAAAGAAAGUAGACUAUAUAACGAAUGGUAUAAGGCAGAUAGGCUGGCCUGCAGUUGCAAUGCAUGGUGAUAAGAGUCAACAAGAAAGAGAUUAUGUUUUAAGACAGUUUAGAAAUGGAAAGGCCACAAUAUUAGUAGCUACAGAUGUUGCUGCUAGGGGAUUGGAUGUUGAUGGAAUAAAAUAUGUAGUGAAUUACGAUUUUCCAAAUUCAUCAGAAGAUUACAUACAUAGAAUAGGAAGAACUGGCAGAUCUGAAAAUUCAGGCACCUCUUAUGCCUUUUUCACACAAAAAGAUUCUAGGCAUGCUAGGGAUUUGAUAUCGGUUCUUACAGAAGCUAAUCAGGUUGUGAAUCCAAAAUUAUCUGCUCUUGCCAGCCGUGGUGGUGGAAGUUAUGGAGGACACAAAGGUGGUCGUUGGGGAUAUGGUAAUAACCGAAGUUUCUCGGCUAGAGAAAAUUCUAAGCCAAAACACAUCCAGUUUGGCAAUUAUAACUGAUUGAAAAAAUAGCAUUGAUUCUUAUUGACGAGGCCAGCAGCCAAUGAGUACCGAUUCACCAGAUCAGUAUUCACAAUUAGUACAAUAAAGUGUUUUUACACCAAAUACAUUUUCAUGUCAGUGCAUGUAUCAAGAAGAUGAUGCUACUGUCUAUCAUAUUGAUGUUUAAUUUAUAUUUAUUCUGUAAAAUUAUAUUCACACAUCUGUGAUAGAAAGUAGUUUAUUUUAUAUCUUUUUCCCAUUCAAUCUGUUGUUUUCAAAAUUUUGAAAUUACAUUCCUUUAAACAAG